GAUGUGGUUGCGUACAUGUUUGAUGCGAAUGAAGUGUGAUGCUGCUCUGGAAGCAUUCUCAUGCUUGAGGAGAAGUUUGCCUUGGCAGAGCAGGAGCAGAGCUAUCGCCUAUCCUGUAAAACGGGAGGCACGAUGGAGACCCCUGGCUUCCCAUCGACAUCGAAGCAGCAGCCGGAUCCGGAUGGCUCCACCAAGUUCAAGAUUGAGGCCGGCGGCAUCAAGCCCAAGGUGGAGCCCUGCGAGGAAGAGGAGGAGCACUUGCCGCCGUUGCCACCGCCGGUGUCCGACGAUGACUGGGAGGUCACCCCGCUCUCCGGCGAACACCCCUUCUUCACCACCGUCUUGUCCAAGAGUCAGGUCCAGAAGCAGUUCCAGCUGGUCAUCCCGGCUCGCCUGCACCGCCACCUCCCGGAGGCGCGAGUCCCGGCGACGCUCCUCUGCCGCGGCCGGUCGUGGGCGGCGAGCUACUGCGGCGACCUCAAGUGCAAGAAGAUCGACGCGGCGUGGAGGGACUUCGCCGUCGACAACGGGCUGCGCGUCGGGGACGCCUGCGUCUUCGAGCUCGUCACGCCCGCUGCCGGCGACGGGGAGGAGGUGGUGUUCCGGGUACAGGUGCUCCGCGGCGACCUGCCGGAGGAGAUCACCUCCAAGGGCGCCACCUCCGACGAGCCCCUCGUCAUCGUCGACUAAUUAACAACCGCCGGCGGCUGCUGUGGCUGUGGUUCAGUAGUAGCUAGGACAGUGGAAUGACUCGUUGCAUUAUGCUAUGCAUCGGCGGAGGAGAUGUUCAGGAGCUUUUGGCGUUUUGUUUUCCUUGCUCUGUUCGUUCUCUGGCGUCUGAUCAUCCUUGCAAAAGGCAUUCAUCUGAUGUGGAUGCUAGUUUGUGCAGCUGUUAACUGCUUUAUGACUGUAACCGUUGCAAUCUGAACCUACUGGGUGCAUCAUUCGGGUGCAAAUUAUUAUUUUUUAUUUUGUUUGGAAUAGCUCAGCUCGGAACAUCAGGCUGCAAAUUCAAUGGCGUUGUGAAGACUGAAGAGCGGCCUGAUGUUCUGUUGGCCGAAAAGUUCUCAGAUGAUGGACUUUGACUUAUGUUGGUCAGAGACUCGAGCUUUCUUUAGGAUGCAACGUCAAGUCAAAGUUCAAGCCUUGGGUUGUUUGGUCCUGACUACUUUCCAGUCUUCCAGAUCUCUGGAGUCCCUCCAGUGUUCGUGUUCCACGGAUCGAAGGAAAUCAUGCCCAUUUUCUUAUACAAGUUAAAAGAGGAUAAGCAACUUGUGUGUA